UAAGCAAAUUGCAGUAGGGUCUACGAUUGACGGACAGCUGCGCAGACCUAUGACGUAUGCCCACAACAGUUGUUCUGCACCAAUCACAGCGUGAUCCGAGCGGGAAGGGAACGGGAGAAACAGAACAGAAUUGCAAAGCGAAGGAAGGGCUUACAGAGAUGAACAGGAUCAGGAUCCACGUCUUGCCGUCGAGCCGGGGGCGAGUGGCCCCUCCUGCCCGGCCCCAGGAGACCCAGGCCUGCUCCUUCUCCCAGAGGCCCUGCUCCCAGCCCCGCUUGGAGGGCCUGGAGUUCUGCAUCAAGCACGUGCUGGAGGACAAGAGCGCCCCCUACAGGCAGUGCAGCUACGUCUCCAACAAGAAUGGCAAGCGCUGCCCCAGCGCUGCGCCCAAGCCUGAGAAAAAAGAUGGGGUGACGUUCUGCACCGAGCACGCCCGCCGGAACGCCCUGUCCUUCCAGGCCCAGAUGAGGAAGGUGUCGUCCGGCCCCUCCCCGGAGGUCCUCCUGUCCCAGCUGAGCGGGGCCCCCGGCUCGGACGGGGGCCGCAGCGAGGCCAGCCGGAUGCUGGACGAGGACAGUUGGAGUGAGGAGGAGCAGGACUCGGUGUUGCUGGACCAGACCUGGAAGGGGGACCCCGACAGCGAGGCCGACAGCAUCGACAGCGACCACGAGGACCCCCUAAAACACGCAGGAGUGUACACAGCGGAGGAAGUGGCCCUGAUCACACGAGAGAAGCUGAUCCGUCUCCAGUCGCUCUACAUCGACCAGUUCAAGCGCCUACAGCACCUGCUGAAGGAGAAGAAACGCCGCUAUCUACACAGCCGUAAAGUGGAGCACGACACCAUCGGGAGCAGCCUGCUCACAGGGCCGGAGGGCGUGUCCAUGAAGGAGCGGGAGAACCUGCGGAAGCUGAAGGCCCUGCGCCGUUACCGCAGGCGAUACGGCGUGGAGGCGCUCCUGCACCGCCAACUCCGCCAACGCCGGCUAGCCACUACCGAGGGAGCCACUCUGCAGGCCCACUCCGCACGCUCCAGUCAGAAGUGCAUCUCCUUCGUGGAAGGGCUUCGCUGCUCCAAUCAGAGCCUCCCAAUGACCCGGCACUGCGUCUCCCACAUCUAUCAGGACAGCGGGCAGGUGCUGUUUAAGAUGUGUCCGGGGCUGAAGGACGGGCCCUGUGACCGUCCUGUUCACCUGGGGCAGUCUGAGGAGCCCCGCUGCCCCCUGCACCUGUCCCUGCCGCCCCCGCUGUACCAGCCCGAGCAGGGGCCCCUGGUGCCCCCGGAGCUGGGCCCGGCCCCCAGCGAGAUGUACCUGAGCGCCGCGGAGCUGCAGCCCACCGAGAACCUGCCCCUGGAGUUCAGCGAUGACCUGGACGUGGUUGGGGACGGCCUGCAGUGCCCCCCCUCGCCGCUGCUGUUCGACACGGCGCUGGCGCUGGAGGACCAGAGCAUCCGCGAGAUCGCCGAGGGCCCCAUGGACCUCCUGACGGGCGCGGGGCCGGCCGAGCUGGAGCUCAAUGAGCGAGGGCCCGCCCCCGCGGGGGAGGACCAGGUUGCCGUGGAGACCACCCCAGAGGGAGGGGCCGCAGACGACACCUCGGCAAACGACUUCGCCAUGACGACCAACGCCACGUGAGAGAAGGCGCUCGCACGACCCAGCGACGUCGGCGGAAGGGCCCUAGGGGCCACUGUUUCAGGGUCAAACUAACGAGUAUAUAAUAUAAAACCCUUAAAGCAGGGCCGAGUGGCGGCCCUCUCCCACAUCGCCCUGCUGAGGAGGCCAGAAGCGGCUGCCACACCGCGCUCUUGCUCGCGGUCGCUUUCCAGCACUGAGUUCCUGUCCGGUUUCGAGGGUGGCUUUGCAGAGGGGUUAAGCUGUGUGUAGCUCCCAGAGCCCAGGUUUGCCAUUUGCCAGGGUCACUAGCUGCAUUCGAAACUGUUCAUCAGCCUCCUGUUUGUAACUGUUCAUUAGAAUAAUAAACAAAAACUUAAUGACCA